CUAGGAACAAUGUCCCAUGCGACUCGCCGUCCGUUUCCAAGGCGAUCCCAGGUCCUCUGAGCAACCGCGCGUGCGCCCUGCGCGUCUCCCAGGCCUGCACUCCUGCCAUGGCUGCGGCCAAUCCCAGCGUCUUCCUGCUCAUGGUCAACGGGCAGGUGGAGAGCGCCGAGUUUCCGGAGUAUGAUGAUCUGUACUGCAAAUACUGCUUUGUGUACGGCCAGGACUGGGCCCCUACUUCGGGUCUGGAGGAGGGCAUCUCACAAAUCGCAUCCAAGAGCCAAGAUGUGCGGCGAGCGCUGGUGUGGAAUUUCCCCAUCGAUGUCACCUUUAAAAGCACCAACCCCUAUGGCUGGCCACAGAUCGUGCUCAGUGUAUAUGGACCAGAUGUCUUUGGGAAUGACGUGGUUCGAGGCUACGGGGCAGUGCAUGUGCCUUUCUCACCUGGCCGGUACAAGAGGACCAUCCCCAUGUUUGUGCCAGAGUCCACAUCCACACUACAGAAGUUCACAAGCUGGUUCAUGGGACGGCGGCCCGAAUACACAGACCCCAAGGUGGUGGCUCAGGGUGAAGGCCGGGAAGUGACCCGAGUUCGCUCCCAGGGGUUUGUCACCCUCCUCUUCAAUGUGGUGACCAAGGACAUGAGGAAGCUGGGCUACGACACAGGACCCCAGAGUGUCCUGGGGCUCAGUCCAGCCCAAGGCCUCCCUCCAUGAAGGCCGUGGCUGCCCUCCUGAGUCUGGAUGGCGUACUGCGUGGCUCCCACAUACACAAGAACUCUCUCCCUGGGUCAGCACUGGCCCUUUGGCCUCAGGUGCGACGUGGUGUGACGCUUGGGUGGGCAGUGGGAAGGACUAGGGGGUUUUAUACAAUAAAGAAAUAUUUUUAGAGCCCAGUCCCAGGACUGCCUUCUCUCCCCUCUAUCACCA